CAAUGUCAUUUCCAAAUUUGUGUCAACACUCCUAGGCUUAUGUACGUCGUUUACAGAUUCCAGCUCGGAAGAUUCACCUCUUGAUUCACCUACUGCUUCAUCGGCACGGAUUUUCGCCAGGUUUCAUUUUGCACACUCUUGAAGCAAGUCUUCGGCAUUGUCAAGGUCGUACGGGAAGAGGUCUGACAUGCUUGUGGGUAGUGCAACAUGUGCUAGUGGCAGACUACGUGCACCAGCGCUGCUGGGUGCCAGGUUACCUCGGCACGUAAACGUUUCUUCGCACUCGAGGUUGUUAUCUAGUGCGGUACUACAACACGCUAGAUCGUCUGCACUUCGAAAAGACUUCUACGGCCUUCCUGGGAACGCACGUAGCUACUGGUGGUCAUCAUCUAAAACGCCUGUGGAUGUGUCUGCAUCUACUUCCCCUUCCACACAGUCAGCGGACGCUCUGAGCAACACACUACCCAUUUCGCAACCACCACCAGUAGAAUCUGUCGCUGUUGUGGACUCUUCUGUAGUUUCUGAAGCGUCCCAAGCCUCCGGCACACAGACAGUCGUUGAUGGAGCCUCAAUUGCUUCAGACGUGAUUUCAAGCGUUCCAGCGGUCCUGCCAUCGCCUAUGAACUAUGGCGACCUCGCAGCCCUUGGUCUCAUUAGCUGGUCCCCCGCAGGUGUUACUCGUUGGGGAAUGGAAGCUUUACACGUCUCCACUGGCCUGCCCUGGGGUUGGACAAUCGUAGCGGCAACGGUACUCACUCGAGUCGUGCUCUUUCCCUUCUCUGUCAUGCAACUUCGCAAUACCGCCAGAAUGGCUCCUCACCAAGCUGAGAUUAAUGCUCUGCGAGAAGAGUUGAACCAGGCUAGGGGUAAUAAGCUGGCGAUUCAGAGGGCGAUGUUGAAGCAGCAGAUGUUGAAUAAGAAGAUGGGUGUGAAUAUGCUGUCGGUGGCGUUGACGCCUUUCAUUCAGUUGCCAGUCACGUUGGGUAUGUUCUUUGGUGUGAAGAAGCUUUGCGAUAUUGGGCUUGAGCAGUUGAAGACGAGCGGUUGGGAGUGGUUGCCUAACUUGACGCUGGCGGAUCCGACUUUCAUCUUGCCUAUUGCCACUACUGUGGUCAUGAACAUGCAGCUUUCUCUUGGCCUGCGAGACAUGCAAGCUAGCCCGGCGAUGCCACAUAUGAUCAACCUCUUCCGAGCAAUCUCUGUACUGUCAAUAGGUUUCAUGAUCAACUUGCCCUCGGGCGUCCUUGUGUAUCUCCUAACAAGUAUCAUUUCGAUGUCCGCCCAGACAGCCAUCCUUCGAUUAGCCGCAGUCCGUCGGUUGCUCGGUAUUCCUGUCCUCACUCCUGGCCAAGGCGUGAAGUCGGCAUCAAUCAAGGAGUCUAUUGAUUUUGCUAAGAAUUGGUGGCGAACUCAGAAACGUGAGGCCGAGGCGAAGGCUCGUGCUGAACGUAGACGGUGAACUGCCAGAGCUGUUGCUUUUAAGCUGCAUUGCUUGAUCAAAAUUAUACUGCAUAUCUAGAGUACUACUAUAUCGGAGGUUAAUAUGCAUCGACCCCUGCUCUGACCAGCUUGAGUCCGUACUUAACAGUAAGAGUCUGAUCAGUGAAGACCGACAGCGUACCAUUAUAUCUUACGAGUUGAAGUGG